CAAGCGUCGUCUCAAAAUAGCCAGAAGCGAUAUCUGUUACUAGCAGUGACAUCUCGCAAGGUGUGGACGUCGGCUAUAUUAAACAGGCGCGAGCAGUGUCCCCGAACAAGUGCUUGUCACUGUAUCCCUGCCUGCAAGUACAGGGAUGACAUCCUGGAUGUUGGCCUUGUUAGGCCUAACUUUAUGCUUGACUCGAGUCGCAUUUGCGGAACGCAAUUUCACCGUCGACUACAAGAACAACACGUUCCUGAAGGAUGGCAAACCGUUCCGUUACGUUUCCGGAUCGGUGCACUACUUCCGAGUGCCGAAGCCAUACUGGAAGGAUCGUCUGCACAAGUUGCGUAUGGCAGGUCUGAACGCUGUUCAGACUUACGUAGAGUGGAGCGGUCACGAGCCUGAACCUGGGAAGUAUAAUUUUCAAGGAGACUACGAUCUGAAAACAUUCCUGAAGACCGCGCAGGAUGUGGGUCUACUGGUGAUCUUGCGUCCGGGGCCGUAUAUCUGCGCAGAGAGGGACAAUGGAGGUUUGCCGUAUUGGCUUCUUCGGCAAAACCCCAACAUGCGCUACAGAACCUCAGACAAGACCUACUUAGCCGCCGUCGACAAGUGGUUGUCCGUCUUGCUGCCCAUCGUCAAACCCUUCCUAUACAACAACGGAGGUCCCAUCAUCACCGUCCAGGUUGAGAACGAGUACGGCCAGUACGGCGCCUGCGACCACGCGUACAUGCAACAUCUUGUGGACACCUUCAGGUCUAACCUCGGAGAGAACGUAACGCUAUUUCGCACUGACGCCCCGAGCGAGGUCGCCUACAAGUGCGACGCCGUCAACCACACUCUAGUCACUGCAGACUUCGGACCAGGUGUCGACGUGAACAAGACCCUUCAGCUUGUGCGCGACGCCCAAGGUCCGGGUCCGCUCGUAGUCACGGAAUAUUACCCUGGGUGGCUGGACAGCUGGGGUGAACCUCCCUUCCACGCGAACGACACCGCAGUUCUAGACACAUUUGAAGAAAUACUAGAGCACAAUGCUUCUGUGAACUUCUACAUGUUCCACGGCGGGACCAACUUUGGGUUUACCAGCGGUAGCGACCCUCCACCGCAGACAACGAGUUAUGACUACGGUGCUCCCUUAUCUGAAGCCGGAGAUCCGACGGAGCUGUACUUCAAGAUUCGGAAUAUAACCGGAAAAUAUCUUCCUCUACCCGAGGGACGGUUACCUAGACCAUCGCGCAAGUUGAGGCUGGGAAAGGUUCACAUGACCUGCGGACCUUCUCUGGACGACGUUAUGUCCUACUUCAGAAGGAAGGGGGCAUUGAAGAGAGCAACGUCCGAGUAUCCCAUUACCUUCGAGGAACUGGGCCAAGACGGAGGAUACGUCAUUUACACAACAACUGUGGGCUUUCAGCCCAACAGCCCGGCACUUCUGUCGGUUCCUGGUAUCAAGAAUCGGGGUUAUGUGUACACGAAGUUCACGAAAGCUGUCUUGAGUUCUGAUCAACUCAUCAUCAGCGUGCCGGUCGUUGUGGAAAAGGGCGAGACACUGAAGAUUAUCGUCGAGAAUACUGGGAGAAUCAACGUUGGGGUUUUGAAUCACGACCGCAAGGGUAUCCUGGGCAAUGUAACUCUUGACGGCAAGGUGCUCACCAACUGGACCAUGGAAGCGGUACCCAUCCCGCGGAACGGAGAGAGCACCGAACUGUUUGACAUGCUCGAGGAAGUCGAUCCGCGUAACGAAGGUGACUGCGCACCACCGCGGGUGUACUUUGGGAAAUUCAGGCUUAGACGGCACGAGAGACCUUUGGACACGUUCCUGGACCCGACUGGAUGGACGAAGGGAGUUGCCUUCCUAAACGGAUUCAAUCUGGGACGCUACUGGCCAGUUGUUGGACCACAAGUGACACUUUACGUUCCUGGGGCUUUGAUUCGUCAGCGGAGGAGGCGCAACUCGGUCGUCCUUCUGGAAAUGGAGGGUGCAAACCCUUCGUGUUGGAAGACUGUGAAGUUCGUCAGUGAACCUAAUAUCGACGGGCCCACACCUGACGAGUAACUGAUCGUAGAGAAAAUAAAGCGUGCUGUUCUGAGAGGAAAUAAGUCAAAGAUUAGGAUGAAAUAAAAGGACAGUAUGUGACGCUGA